AUGACUGGAUUGAACGCCUCCGUCUCUGCGGGUUGGUAUACCUUCUCCAAUCUUGGCCCUAUCACAACGACCUUCACUCCAGCUCCGAGCUGUAGUGCAUCUGGGCGUAUGAUGCUUGGUUACCUGGUUCAAGAUGGAAAUUAUUUGAACCUCAAGUAUGGUGCAGAGCCCACCCCUCGGAUGAAGUUCGACGGCUGUAUGCCAUCUUCCUCGCCGACACCCACCGCCACGCCUGAGACAACCAUUCACCAUCUUUCCGAAGAACAAAAAUCUGCUUUUGCAGCUCAAUAUGUGGACUGGGUGAACGAGGGAUUCUACUACUCCCCUGGCCUGCACUGCCCUUCAGACUGGGAGACGAUUGGCUUGGUAGCCCGCGACGCCAGCAGCUCGCUCAGUUCAUCGGGCAUCUAUGUCGCUACCACCACCACGACUGUCGACACAAAGGAUGACUACUAUUACUACAUGAGUGACUACGAGUAUCCUGCAUCCGUGCUGAAGGGUAUCUUGGAAGCUAAGGAGACAAUGGUAGCAUGCUGUCCAAGUGGCAUGACUGCCGACAAAGGUGGCUUUUGCUACUCCGAAAUCGAGGGCUAUAAAGCUACUGUUGGUUACCAGGUCGGCGUAGGAAGGAACUACGAAUACGGAUCGACUACAGAGACCUUCACCUUGACGCGGCACGGUUCCGCAGUUCUUGAAACUGAAUAUCUUAUGUACGAGACAGCGACAACAGCCCAUACAGAUACAUAUACGGAAAGUUUUGGCCGCGCCGAGAGGUCUCUCUACAGCGCGUUUUCUUACGCGCCUGUGAUUACGAUGCUGCAUCACGAGUCCGAUUUGAAGUCUGCAACUGCAACUGCGACCGCGACCGCAACGGCCGCCGCCACGACUACCUCCAAUGCUGCUGGCAGGAUUUCUGCUCGCGCAUCGGUCUGGAAUGGGCUUAGCUAUGUAUUCGGAAUCUCGGCGGUUACUGCUGCGUUGGGGGCUGCUAUGAUCUUGCCCUGGUAA